UAAUAGCACUUUAAUAAAAAUUUCUUUUUACUCUUUUCAGAACUUACUUACAGUUUCUUCUUUUGUUAUGGAAGAUGCUGAUUCAGGCUGAAAUACUAUGAUUGGAGAAAUGUGAAAUCCUCAUUUCUUAUUACAUGUGGUGGAGCAGGUGAAGCAGGAAAGUGGACAUGAUUUCCUUUUGAGCUCUAAUAGCUGAUAUUCAGGGAUUAAAGAGCCUUUACAAGGAAAGUAGUAUUAAAUGACAUCUUGAAAAUUAACUGAAGAAUAAAGAAAAAAAAAUCAAAGGUAAAAUGAAAGAUUAUCUGUAUAGGAGAAAAACUGUAUAUAGUAGAUGGGAAAAAAAAUUAUAUGGACCAAGUAGAAGUAUGAAUCUUCUUAGAAACACAUACACUUGAGGUAAAUGUAUUGAAUGAAUGAGUCACUGAAGAACAUUAAAAUAAAUCACAGUCCAGAUGUUUCUCUUACUGUAGGCUGUAGCAAUAUGGUUAUAAUUGUGCAAUAACAGGCAAAGCAAAAGAAAAAUAAGAGUCAUUUGGCAAGCUUUGUCGGUCACAUUUUUUCAACUCGUAUUUUAGUUUAUGUGUGCCAACUUGAUUUACAAAAUAAACCUUGCUAAAACACCUUUGUCAAGUUAAACAGCGAAGCCUGUUUUCACCUAUCUCCACUCUAAAAUGUUCUUAUUGAUUUAUAUUCAUUUUGUACAGAUCGAAAGAAUAUGAUGGCAAAUAUUUCAAAAGAAACAAAAGGGAUGUCAGAAAACUCCCACAGAACACUGCAGAAAGAAUUUUAUGUCUGGAGUAGGUUAAAGAGUUAACUAUUCUAGGGUAAUAUUGUCCAAGCCAGGCAAGUCAAAUCAAAUGUUGGAGAAAUUCCACUUGUGUCCGUCUUUACACAGCUGAAAAUGAUUUUUCAGUAAAUAACAUUUUCCUCCCAAGUUAGGCAACUGUUUCUCAAAAUUCAUGCAGACACCUACAUCUGUUAAACUCCUGCCUUUGUGCCUGUGUCCUGUGUGUGCUCUUCAACUCAUACAGAAGCGGCUUAGAUAGAGGAUGGCAAAGUGAGAAAUGGCUGUGAUGUUUAUCCUGGUCAGUGAUCAAUGCAGUGGCUGUGUUGCGCUGGCAACAGCCAGCUUUGCUUUGACUAAUGCAAAUGCCAGUGUCCAGUAGCCUUUCACAGGCCGCAACCUAAAUCCUGGGAGACAGUUUCAAAAGCAUCCCUCCUGUUUCCUGCUUCUUUGAUCAAUUCAGUAAAAGCCUGAAGUGCCGGGGACAGACAAAAUAGCUGCUAAACAGCAAAUCCAGCCCAGUUCUUACCAAGCAUGCAAAUCUCCAUUCAUUUAUUUUAUCUGUUUGGCUCUUGCCAUGACAUGGUACACAACUACCUUGUAUAUUACAUUGCAAUGGGUUAAUACGAAUCGAACUGUUGGAAUCCUCAAGUCUGCAUUUGUCAUGCCCUUAGAAAUUAUGUCAAAGAUCAAGUGUGCUUUCUUUAGGGAAAAGCUUUUACAUGUUUACUGUGAUGAUAAAUUUGUUAGAGAAUAAAUAAUAGAUCUCUUUUCUAUGUGUGCAGAGUGAUGGAACUCUCAAAUAUUCUCCUGAAAAGGGAUAGUUUAAUUGAGUCCUCAUUUUGAAUAGUUUAAUUAUAGAAGAACUUCUGUAUUUAUCAUAUGAGUUUUGCUGCAGAACCAUUCUUCCAGACUAUAUAUUCCUGGUGCUAAAUUAUUUUUAUGUGUUUUUGUAUGUACUAAUGAAAAAAUGUAUAUGCAGUCACAUUCCCUAGGUCUAGACAUGUAUCUCCACUACGAAAUUCUAAAUCUAUGCUGAGAUUCAGCCAAGUUUGAUAGUGUAAUUACAAAUGGAAAGUAAGUUAUUACUAGUUCAUGAAAUUUGUGGAAUGUAUGAGGAAACCUCCUUUGGUGUCCAUUACAGAGAAGUGUGUUUUGGCAUUAACUUCACACAACUUGUCAGAUAUCAGAGAAAAUAACCAGAGACAAACAACCCACAUGAAGCUUGGUGUAAUUACAUCUGCUGCAUACAGGUACAAAGCAAUUGUAAAUCCCAUGGACAUCCAGACCUCCAGUGCAGUGCUAUGGACCUGUCUUAAAGCCACUGCCAUCUGGGUAAUCUCCAUGCUCCUAGCAGUUCCUGAAGCAGUGUUCUCUGAACUGGCUCACAUCAAUGACACGGAUAAUGCCACUUUCACAGCGUGCAUACCAUACCCCCUGACAGAUGACAUGCACCCAAAGAUCCAUUCUGUGCUGCUUUUCCUUGUAUAUUUCCUUGUGCCUCUUGUGAUUAUUAGUAUCUACUACUAUCAUAUUGCAAAGAGUUUAAUAAAAAGUGCUCACAACAUCCCUGGAGAAUACAGUGAGCAUUCCAAAAGACAGAUGGAAACUCGGAAACGUCUGGCAAAAAUCGUUCUAGUUUUUGUUGGCUUCUUUGCUAUCUGCUGGUUUCCUAACCAUGUGCUAUACAUGUACCGAUCUUUUCAUUACAAUAAGAUUGAUCCAUCAACAGGACAUAUGGUUGUUACCUUAGUGGCCCGAGUGCUAAGCUUCUGCAAUUCUUGUGUCAACCCAUUUGCAUUGUAUUUUCUCAGUGAGAGUUUCAGAAGGCAUUUCAACAACCAGCUUUGCUGCAGGAAGAAAGCUCAGCAAGAGAGAUCUGCCAGCUACUUGCGGAACUCUUCUGCCAUUCAAAUGACUUCCCUGAAAAGCAAUACCAGGCACACAGCAACGACCAUGACACAACUGAAUGGGCACAACUUGAAACAAGAAAUGUCAUUAUGAUUUAACAUGUGUAAUUUUUGACUGUGAAACAAAUUUGAACAUUUUAUUUGCAGUUUGUAACUCACUUUUGGCUCUCGUGAUUAGACUGUCUAAGUACUCCAAAUAGAGGUUCUCUCAAAGUCUGGCCAGUAUCAGAUUAUCUCACACCUAGUCUGACUCUUAGAUAGAAAUGAGCAGUACAUUUUAUUGAGAAACCAAAACUGACUGGUGUUACACUGUACUUUAAAGGACAUGCUAGUAUGUGUUUAACAUGAAGGAAAGCAGGGUAUCUGAUAUAAUAUUGCUUUUAAAAGUUUAGAUUUUCUGAUUUGAAAAAAUAUGUAUUUUCAACUGAAUAUUGAUCCAGGCUUAUGUUUUACUCUAAUAGAUUUUGCAUUAUUUUAGCUGUGUGGUAUCUACAAACAUUGCUCAUUAAGACUGUUAGGCAUUUUGGACUCAAUUAAAGGGCCAUUACAACACAUAAAUUCUAGUUUCAGAUAAAAAAGUAUUCAAGUAUUGAGUGCCAGAUCUUUACCUCGUUGAAAUCCACCUUGUUUGUUCACUUUGGUAGACAUACGUGAUGAGAUUUUACUCUUUGAAGCUUCUGUUUGCUGCCGAGGUCAGAAGUUUAUCUGCUAAAAUUUCAUUCUUUUCAUGGUUAACAUAUCAAAAGAAAAAUGUGUGCAACAUGCAGGUUUUCUAGAACUCAGUGUCUGAAAGCUCGUUUCUCUGACUGUUAAGACUGUGGCACCAUUGGUUUAGAGUUUCUACAUGUUAUAUAUUUGCUGCUAACUGAUGUUGUUGAUAUCAGUACACAGCUAAGAAGGAUGCUAAGUGUACUGGGAGGGCUGAACAUUCAAGAAGGUAAAAUUCUGAGUGGCUACUUCACAGGGGUUCUGUGGCAAGUCUUCAUACGGCUCAGCAGGAUCUCAGAGUGCAGAACCCAGAUUAAUACCAGACAAAACCAAACUGAAGGAUGCCAUGCAGGAGCGCACUCAACAUACUCUGAUCGCUAAGGAUCAUCCAGACCAUGGGCCAGACAAGUCCUAGUCUGAAACAACCCCCAACUAAUGAAACAUGGGUGGCUGGCAUGAGUAGCUGGCAUUGGUUGCUCAGUACCAGCUGUUUGCUUUCUGUGUUUUAAGCACAUGUCUUAUGAGGAGUUGCUGAAUGAGCGGGAGUUAUGUAGUCUGGAGAAAAGGAGGCUCAGGAGGACCUUAUCAGUCUCUAAAACUCCGUGGAAGGAGGUUGAAGCCAGGUGGGGGUGAGUCUCUUCUUCCAAGUAAUAACCGACAGGCCGAGAGGAAAUAGUUUCAAGCUGUGUCAGGGAAUGUUAGAUUAGAUUUUAGGAAAAAUGUUUUCACUGAAAGGGUGAUCAGGCAUAUUAGAAUAGGCUACCUAGGUAAGUACUGGAAUCACCAUCCCUGGAAAUGUUCAAAAAGAGUGUGUAUAUAUCAGUUGGGGAUAUGGUUUAGUGGUGAACAUAGUGGUGCUAGGCUAAUGGUUGAAUGCGAUGAUCUUAGAGGUCCUUUCCAAUUUUAACUAUCUUGUGAUUCUAUUCUGUCUUCUAGAUCUACUCCUAAUGCACACACUGUUUACCAGUCUCAACAAGGCUCCAGUACUGUUGAAAAUCUGACACUUUCUUUUCCUGAAGGCUCAUGUGCAUAAAUAGUCCAUGCACUUCUGAAAAUCCUGUCUGAGCUGCCUAAAAAAAUGAUUUUCUAAUGUUUUUGUUAGUCAUUCUAGUGCCAUGGGCAGCAUACAUCUUUGUCAUUAUUCCUAGGAGGACAUUUUCAAAGUACAUGGUCAGUGCAGACCUGGGAUUAAAACAACUGGGAAUGCUGUGUGAGGCUCUAGUACCAAUUACCAUCAUGUCCAGAACAAAUUUGCUAGGAGGAUCUGCUCCUCUUUUUUUCAGUUACAGAUCUCUGCUAGGGAUACUCCAUACAAAGCUUGCAAAACUGCCCUUCAGAUCUCAAGAAAGCAAGAAGUUCAGCCCUAAAAUAAUAUGUUUUUUUUUUUAAAUUUUUUUAAUCAGUUCACAUGCCAACACAGGUAGUCAACUAGGCACAAAGACAGAAACAUAUUUCUGCUGCUCAGGCAAGGCUGUUCAUAUAAAACAGAGCUGGGGGAGUCAGCUCUGAUUCAGAGUUGACUCUGGGGAGUCAGAGCUGAUUCCCCAUUACACAGCUGCACGGUGUCAGAUGAAUAAUUAUUCCCAAGCCAGGUGAGAGGCUAGCUGGGGCAGGGUUUAUUUUGUGUCUGAGCUUCAGAGAGAAAAUGCUCAGUGUCAUUCUUAGGAGAAGGGGCAGUAAUGGCAGAUAAGGGCACCUUGUGAAAUUAUUUUGUUAUGGCCAGUUCAUGAGCCAAAUGUAAUUUUAAAUACCUUUCUCUUUGAAAUUGGAUGGAACUGCGCCAGCACAGAUCUCUCUGUCACAACAUUGUAUCCUCGACUUCUGCAGUGACUUGUCUAAGGUGAAUACUAGAAAGUACACCAGAAAUUUAGAUUGGAUUUCAGAAUUAGUUUCCAGCCUUAUAAUUUCAAAAGCUGAAGUGCUAAUGCAGUGUAGCAACUCACUAUUCCUUUUGUCCUUAUUUAUGCACUUGCAUUUAUUUAGUUCUGUUUGUAACUGUGGAACCAUCGGAAGUUCAAAAUUUCUUUCUCAAUUCCCGUCUUCAAGACUAGUCAUACCCCGCCCCAAUUUUUAAAGCAGCAAGAAGUUAAACUGAUGUAAUCUGUACAUGAUUUAGCCAAUUAUCUGAGAAAAAAAAUCCCCAGUUGUUACCACUCAACAGGGAAAGUAACAGAUUGAAGUUCUUAAUGUCAACCAGCGUGGUCCAGUUGGAAGGACCUAUAGGGUGAUGUAAUGUAGUUAAAGUUGUGUGCAGCAUUCAAAUGAGAAAACUUAUGAAGUUCAGUGUAGUUCAGCUCCAUACUACCUGCCCUAGCUGAUUGCUGUUGCCCUGUGGCUUCAGUGGCUCCUUGGAAGGCUUUACACAAAGGAGCCAAUUGAUUCGAACUUGUAAAUCUCUGUGUAAUGGUUUAGCAAAUUGUCACCUGUCGUGGUUUAGGAAUGGUAUUCCACAAUCUAGUGUUCCCAAAGUUUUGGAUUCUGCACUUCUGAUCAGUCUCGAAUCCUUUUUACUCACAAAUAUUUCACACCUGCAAACCACAAAAGCUUAAUCUUCCUUUGUCAAUUCUUAGUGCUGAUCACUGACUGCAAUCAAGUUUCCCAUUCAUUUGUGCUGUUUUUUUUCUGGUUCCCAGCUCCUGAUUUUGUUUAGCAACUUUCUACACUGCAUAGCAUUUCACAGGACUUCUAAAUCCAUUGUGUUCUUUAUUUCCUAAAUGCAUUUGUCUGAUGGGGACAUUACCAGAUGAUACAGGUGCCCUACCGGAAAAAUAAUAAUCUAAUUUGUAGUAGAUUUGAUGCUUGUGUUUGAUUCAUACUCUUCACUCAGCAUCUUAAAGUGCUGUGUGUGUUAUGGACAGCAUGAGCCAGCUUUCUGGCAGAACUGCAAGCUACAUUAUGUUUCUUUUUGUUGCGAGGGGAAGGUGUUCUAGACUAUAACUCCUUCUUGUCAGGAAAUCAGCACAAUUUUGGUUCAUUAUUUCCCAGGCCUAAUACUCCAAGUCUGUUUUGAGUAAGUAACCUAAACUGUAUAUAGCUCCUCUCAAAUUCUUGUAGCAUGGUGUGCCGGAAUUAGUUAAUCUUUCUGGAGCUUUACUGGAUGUAUUGCUAGCCCAAUAUGCACAUUUUGGAAGUGUCUGUUACUGUGUUUCUGUACAUAUUGUAUACAAGUACAGCUGUAUGUAUAAAGCUGUUUUCAGAGAACACUACUUGCUAACAAUUAAAUGAUUGCAGAACACAUUUUAUGAAGUAUUUUCUUCUAACUGUAGUCAAAGAAACAAAGGAAAUCCAUAAAUGAGAUCAUGUCACCUUUUCACAUACUACAUUUAGAUCUGUGCUAAAACAGUUGUUAAAAUACCACCUGAUUAUUUCUUUCUGUUAUGAAAACUUUCUCAUUUCAGAAACAUCAGUUCUUUUCUGUCUUCCUCUCCUGAAUUUUGAGAUGGUGUCUUUCAAACAUAUUUUUGCAACAAUUGAGAAAACUACCAUCCCUUCUCAGUGUUUGAAAAAUGAGGGAAUAGAGGUAAAUACUGUUUCCUCAGUGUAAGACUUUUUUUUUCUCUAGACUAAAGCUAGUACUGAAUAAGUCUGAUAGCAUCUUGUCACUCCACCCUGUCAGUCAUAAAAGCAUUAUAUACACUGGUGAAUUCUGAAAUGUCAGUAUGGUUAAAUUCUUAACUGACCUGAGACACCACAUUUAGUAUUACACUGUGACAUGAUAAUUAUCCUCAACAAAACCACUUCAGUUACAAUAUGGAACAAAUCUUUGCAACACGCCUACCCCAUAAAUAUUUUUCUUAGCUCAGUCAAAUAGGUUUACAGAAAUUAUGUCCCAGAAGUUAGUCAGGCUGUGAAGUCUAGGCUCAAAGGGGGAAGGUGAUAAGACCGGUGUCGUAGUUCGAGACCCUUAAAAUCCAAUUCUCGAGUCCAAGCCCCCCUCCCACAUCUCACCCCAGUGAGAUGGGUUUUCCAGACA